UCUCUUUCUGGUUGUAAUAAAAACCAGCCCACGUGCAUCUCAGAUGGACUCCCAGCAGCUAGACAGGAGGUUGUCCUCCAGUCUCUGCCUUCUCCCUCUCCCCUUAUCCUCCCUGUGAGUCUCCCUCCCUCACAAACACUGGCCGAGCUCACCUCACGGCAUAACCUCUCCGGCACCAUGAGACUGGUGGUGCUCUGUCUGUGGUGGGGCUUCCUAGCGCUCGUCAGGAGUGAGAAGUGCGGCGAGGCGACAGAUGAGGAUUCCUUGUGGGCGAGGAUACAGCCUGCAGGGCAAUGCGAGGGGGACGAGGACGCUUGUCCGUACCAAAUCGUCUUGCCACCCUUGUCCAUACAGCUGCCCAGAGAGUUCAGGGAUCUGGAACGGAUGACCCGGGAGCUGCUGCGCCUGAAGGAGACGGUCAGGCAGCUGAGGAGGUGCUGCCUUGGGAGCUCAUCAGAGAGGGGAGAGCAGCAGCACCACCAGCCAGCACACACUGCGAGAGAGGAGGACAAAGACACUCCUGCCCACUCCAUGGACACAAGGGAAUGCACACAAGAAGCUGGGGAUACUCAAAGGAAAACAAGCACUCUUCAGCCUCGCAGGGACGGAUUGGACACGGAUAAAAAGAUGGACAGCAUCAGCAGAGAUAUGGAAUUAAGACCCACAACCACUUUAAGGAGGGUAGAGGAGAGCAGAGUGAAGACACCACCUGUCAAGGACGCAAGUGUGGGAAAUAAAACUGGACCGAGGCAGGCAAAGCCACUCACUAAGGUGAAAAACAUUACUGCAUGGAACCCUUCCAUUGUAAGAGGAGGGCUGAAAGUGAUCAAGGUAAGUGAACUGACCCCUCCGUAUUUGGAUACUGGUGCGGUAACAAAGCCAGCACCUCUUCCUACAGAUCAAAGUGGAUUCCCAGAGGAAUUAAACCCAUUCACAGUCACUAGGCCAGUGAUCACUGCCAGCAAGGAGAGGAAAGAGUUAAAACACAUACCUAAAGUGACUGAUGCUGUUCUCAUAAAGACUAACACUGAGAUGGAGGGUACUGUGCUCAUCAUAAACAGUCUGGUGGACAGUGGCAGUGAAAGAAUUACCUCAAGCCCACUCAUUGAACAGAAUAGGGAAACAAGUGAUGUGAAUGAGCACAAAGUCCCUGUCAGUCUAGAUAACACUGGCACUGAUAGUUCAGAGGAGGACCUGAUUACCUUACUGACUUUGAAUGACUCCAGCGAGCAGAAAUUGGAAGAACUCACUAUGGGGAGAACAAACAGGAAUGACACAGAAAUUAUGAGUCCACUGACAUUAGAUGAAGAUGAUGGGAAGGAUGAAGUCAAGGAUUUGAACCUGAAACAACAAAUAAAAAUGGACUCUAGUAUGAAAAUAUCCACUCCAUCAAUUACGCAUCUUUCAGGAAAUACCAAUAAAGAAAAGAGUUUGAAUACAUUGACUGGUGACAGCAUUAGAAAUACAAGCGGCCAAAUAACACCAAAUGAAUCAUCUUCAAAAUACAGUGAAAGAGGGCAUACAAGCCCAGACACUAUAGCCAAUAAAAAAAACAGCAAAAACACUAACCCUUCACCAAGCACACACACAGAUGUGGGGAAGAGUGCAAACCCAGCUGACAAAGACAGAGGUAAAGACAGCCUGAAUCCAAAUAGCAGGGAUGAAAGUCUACCUCCUUCAGAAAGGGUAGUAAAGGGAGACACUGAGUUAAAAAAUCUGAACUCACCUCUUGAAAAGAAAGUUGAUCUAAAUUCAAGCCGAUUAACUAUUUCAAACGUAAGCAUGUCAAAAGUGUCAGGUUCAGUGUCUAUUAAAAGUACUGACAGCAACAGAAGGUUAAAAUCCACUCUAGCCCCUAUAAUUAAAAGUGAUAAUGUGGGUGAGGAAAGAGGGUUUGACAAUACUCAUGUUGAAGACAAUGAGAAGCAGAUUACAGAGACGCUUAACACAGCAUUGAACCUUGACCAAAAACCAUUAAUUCUGGGACACAUCAAGUCAUCCGACAAGGAGAAUAAAUCAGUUUUGGACAGAAAUGAAAACAUCACAAGAUCACCUUCAUUGAACACAGCGAUCUUGAAACACAUGAAAUAUAAUACUUCUGGAAAGAAGAUAAAUCAAAGUAAUGUAGGCAGCGAGAUGAGUAGCGUCUUGUCUGGAGAGAUAAAUCAAGACACUGAUAAAAUUGAAAUCAUCUCUGAUGAUAUAACACAGACGGAUCCUGUAGACACUUUAAAGAGAACAUUAAAACCUCAUAACCAAACAUUUCAUAACAACCAAAAACAAUUAAUCAAUAACAAAACAAUCAAUCAUAACAAAACAAAUACGCCAAGACCAUUUACUCAGGACAGACCUGUUGGAGUCACCAGAGGAGAAAAGCGGAUAAAUCCUGUUUCGGCAGACAAUAAAAGAACUGGUAUGAAGAUCAAAGAGUUAAACCCAGUAGGUGUCCAGAUAACUCAAAAGGCUGAUGGUGUAAAACAGCCAAUCCCUCACACGGAAGAUAAUAUGGAAAACGGCAAAGGGCAAAACAAGCCACAACAUCCUUCAGGUAACAGGCCAGAGAGUGGCAACAGAGACAAAGCAUCAAACCCACUUACUGGCACUAGCGGAGGGAAGCAGUCAACUUCUCCUGUUGACAAGGGCAAAAAGGACAGUCAUCUUACGGGCCGUGAACAGCCAUGGAGAACCAAGAGACCCAUCACUCAGAAAAGACCUGUAAACAACACCAAGGCAUGGAAAAAACCGCUCCUUAGUACAGACACAAAGAAGAAUUCAAACACAUCCUCAGAUGACAACACUAACAAAACCAAUAUGAUGAAAACAAGCAAUUUACAAACUGUGGACAAAUCUGUGGCCACCACAGAAGAAAAGCAGAUCAAUCCUGUUUCAGCAGAUAAUGAAAGAACUGGUAUUAAGGUAACAGGGUUGAACCCUGCAGCUGUCCAGAUACCCCAAAAGGCUGGUGGUAUAAAACAACGAAUCCCUCACACAGGAGAUAAUACGGACACUACUGAAGGUCAAAACAAACCACAACACCCUUCAGGUAACAGGCCAGAAAGUGGCAACAGAGACAAAGCAUCAAACCCACUCACUGGCACUGGUGGAGAGAAGCAGUCAACUUCUGUUGACAAGGGCAUUAAGGACAGUCAUCUUACGGGCCGUGAACAGCCAUGGAGAACCAAGAGACCCAUCACUCAGGAAAGACCUGUAAACAACACCAAGGCAUGGAUAAAACCAUUCCUUAGUACAGACACAGAAGAGAAGACAAACACAUCCUCAGAAGACAACAUUAACAAAACCAAUAUGAUGAAAACAAGCAAUUUACAAACUGUGGACAAAUCUGUGGCCACCACAGAAGAAAAGCAGAUCAAUCCUGUUUCAGCAGAUAAUGAAAGAACUGGUAUUAAGGUAACAGGGUUGAACCCUGCAGCUGUCCAGAUAACACAAAAGGCUGGUGGUAUAAAACAACGAAUCCCUCACACAGGAGAUAAUACGGACACUACUGAAGGUCAAAACAAACCACAACACCCUUCAGGUAACAGGCCAGAAAGUGGCAACAGAGACAAAGCAUCAAACCCACUCAUUGGCACUGGUGGAGAGAAGCAGUCAACUUCUCCUGUUGACAAGGGCAUUAAGGACAGUCAUCUUACGGGCCGUGAACAGCCAUGGAGAACCAAGAGACCCAUCACUCAGGACAGACCUGUAAACAACACCAAGGCAUGGAUAAAACCAUUCCUUAGUACAGACACAGAAGAGAAGACAAACACAUCCUCAGAAGACAACAUUAACAAAACCAAUAUGAUGAAAACAAGCAAUCUACAAACUGUGGACAAAUCUGUGGCCACCACAGAAGAAAAGCAGAUCAAUCCUGCUUCAGCAGAUAAUGAAAGAACUGGUAUUAAGGUAACAGGGUUGAACCCUGCAGCUAUGCAGAUACCCCAAAAGGCUGGUGGUAUAAAACAGCCAAUCUUGCACACAGGAGAUAAUAUUGACAAUAACAAAGGGCAAAAACAACCUCCUUCAGGUAACAGGCCUGAGGGCAGCAAAAGUGACAAAGCAUCAAACCCACUCACUGCAGUCACUAGCAGUGGUGAAGGGAAGCAGUCAACUUCUCCUGUUGACAAGGGCAACAUUAACAAAACCAAUAUGAUGAAAACAAGCCAUUUUCAAUCUGUGAACAAAUCGGUGGACAUUGGAAAUAGGACGAGAGAACCAGUGUCUGAGGUAAAGGCCACCAGUGGAGAAAAGCAGAUGAAUCCUGUUUCAGCAGAAAAUGAAAAAACUGGUUUUCAGGUAACAGAGUUGAACCCAGUAACUGUCCAGAUAGUCCAAAAGGUUGAUGGUAUGACACAGUCAAUCCCGCACACAGAAGACAACAUUAACAAUAACAAAGGUCAAAACAAGCCACAACACCCUUCAGGUAACAGGCUAGUGGGCGGCAACAGAGACAAAGCAUCAAACCCACUCACUGGCACUGGUGGAGGGAAGCAGUCAACUUCUCCUGUUGACAAGGGCAAAACGGACAUUAAUCUUGAGAGCCGUGAACAGCCAUGGAGAACCAAGAGACCCAUCACUCAGAACAGACCUGUAAACAACACCAAGACAUGGAUAAAACCACUCCUUAGUACAGACACAGAGGAGAAGACAAACACAUCCUCAGAAGACAACAUUAACAAAACCAAUAUGAUGAAAACAAGCAAUCUACAAACUGUGGACAGAUCUGUGGCCACCACAGAAGAAAAGCAGAUCAAUCCUGCUUCAGCAGAUAAUGAAAGAACUGGUAUUAAGGUAACAGGGUUGAACCCUGCAGCUGUCCAGAUAGCCCAAAAGGCUGGUGGUAUAAAACAACCAAUCUUGCACACAGGAGAUAAUACAGUCAAUACUGAAGGGCAAAACAAGCCACAACACCCUUCAGGUGACAGGCCAGAGAGUGGCAACAGAGACAAAGCAUCAAACCCACUCAUUGGCUCUGGUGGAGAGAAGCAGUCAACUUCUGUUGACAAGGACAAAAAGGACAGUCAUCUUAUGGGCCGUGAACAGCCAUGGAGAACCAAGAGACCCAUCACUCAGGACAGACCUGUAAACAGCACCAAUGCAUGGAUAAAACCGCUCCUUAGUACAGACACAGAGGAGAAGACAAACACAUCCUCAGAAGACAACAUUAACAAAACCAAUAUAAUGAAAACAAGCAAUUUACAGACUGUGGACAAAUCUGUGGGCAUCGGAAAUAGGACGAGGAAAGUUGCUCCAACGAUUAAGUCCACCAGUGGAGAAAAGCAGAUGGAUCCUGUUUCCACAGACAAUGAAAAAACUAGUAUUAAGGUAACAGAGUUGAACCCAGUAGCUGUCCAGAUAACCCAAAAUGCUGAUGGUAUGACACAGCCAAUUCCACAUGGAGAAGAUAAUAUUAACAAUAACAAAUGGCAAAACAAGCUACAAAACCCUUCAGGAAAAAAGGCUGAGGGCAGCAACAUAGAUGAGAAACCAAACCCACUCUCUGGCACUGGUGGGGGGAGGCAGUCGAGUGUGCCUUCUGUUGACAGGGGCAAACAUGACAGUCAUCUUAUGAGCCAUGAACAGUCAUGGGGAGCUAAAAGCAAAAAUACUCAUGGGAUGAACCCAUUACAGACUAUAGGACAAAGUGACAACAGUAAUAGGGUAAAGGAAGAACUAAAACCUCACCAAAUGGAUGAAUUAUCAGAACAUCUUUCAGAAGGAAAUAACCAGAACACUGAGAGGAACCUGACAACACACCUCUCUCUGGAAGGAACUGCUGACAAUGUCAGAGUGGUCAAGGCAAAAGACUCCAACUCAGAUGAUUUGAGAAGCAAGAGUUUAGGGAAACAGUCGUAUCGUCUCUCAGAGAACAGAACAGAUGAAGAAAGAGGGACAAAUGAGUCAAACACAUCUAUGAGACAAAAAGCUAAUAUCAGUAGACUGAAGAAGCUAAUUCCAUUCAACCUGAAUAAAAACCAAACCAAAGAGAGGCAACCAAACAUCAUGAAACAAGAGUCUGCUGUUGUCAUUAAUGGUAGGAGGAGGAAACAGGACCCAGUCCCUCUUGACAAGGUAACAACAGGAGGAGAAUCACACAUAAUACCAGGCAGUAAUAACAACAGUCAAAUGACGGACCUGAGGCCACCUAAAUAUGUAGAAGUGACCAAGUACACAGAUGAGGUGAGGGGGUCCAAAUCUCUCACCGUGGAGGGGAUACAGGAGAACUACCAGAUAUCAUCACAGCCUGAAAGCAACAAUGGAACUGCUAAACCAGCUCAAGAUUGCUCUGAUUACACUGCACGGGAACCAAGGAAAAAUGGUAUUUUCAUUGUGAGACCUGACCUGAAAAACAAUUCCUUCCCUGUGCUCUGUGAGAUGGAGUCUUAUGGUGGGGGCUGGACUUUACUUCAGCGACGCUAUGAUGGGAGUAUCAGUUUCAAUCGAUCCUGGAAUGAAUACAAAAGGGGCUUUGGACAAUUGGAUGGUGAAUUUUGGCUAGGGAAUGACCUGAUUCACCUGCUUACUAAAGGUAAAGAGAUGGCCCUACGUAUUCAGCUGGAAGACAUUGAAGGUCUUAAAGCACAUGCAACUUAUGACCGUUUUUCAGUGGCUAGUGAACUUGAGCGCUAUCGCCUGACUGUGGGACACUACUCUGGUACAGCAGGGGAUGCUCUAAACUUCAGUCAGAUAUUUAACCAUAACCAGAAGUUCUUCACCACUCCCGAUAGAGACAAUGACCAAUACCCAUCUGGAAACUGUGGGGCCUACUAUGGCUCUGGUUGGUGGUUUGACUCUUGUAUGUCAGCAAAUUUAAAUGGUAAAUACUACCAAACACGAUAUAAGGGGGUUCGUAAUGGUAUAUAUUGGGGAACAUGGCCCAACAUCUCCACAGAGUAUUAUCCAACUAAUUACAGACACGCAUUUAAAACUGUAACGAUGAUGAUAAGACCCAGUAGCUACAAUCCAUAAGUAUACAGAAUUCUGAUAAAUCAGAUAAUAAUAUAAGGAGAAUAUGGGAUGUGAAAGAUGUAGAACUGCUACAUAACACUGACAAUAUAUUUACAGCUUGUGACAAACCUCUAUGAUUACUGGCAUGUCUCAAUAACUAAUUUGAUUGUUAGUGCUGCAUUUAUUUAAGGUACGUAUGACUAACAAUGACAGAUCAAUGAGCAACUAUUUUGCAUUACAUUUUUUUACAUUAUGUAAGGUCUGCAUAGUAAUUUUGUUCUUCCACGCGGCUCAUGGCAAAACCCCUCUUUGGUUGUAUAUCCACUUGCAAAAUAACCAUGUCUAAGCUAAAUAACAUAAAAACAACAAUUUGGUGAUCUUUAGGAUUUAUUAUAAGUUCUACAGUGAUCAAGGUUUUCUGACAUUACAGGUGUGUUUCAAGGUGAUUUAAUUAAGUGUUUGUUCUUUUGUAGAGGGAAUAUAAAAUUUGUUUAAAUGUAAAUAAAUGUCUGACAGCGAUCAGUGAAGCAGCCUAAACCAGCAGAACUGUAAACAAUUCUGGUUGAUGCACAUUAGUUGAAAAUCAGAAACAAUAAAAAUGUUUUUGGUGCUCACAUGGGUUAAAUUACAAAA